AUGGAAACCAGCAAUGACAGUUUCGUUAGAAUGGACAGUCCUGAAAUGGACAGCUCCGGAGGUGUCAGCGUGCGCGCGGCGCUCACCGGCUGCAUCCUCCUGGUCUUGAUCGUCUCGACGCUCCUGGGCAACACGCUGGUGUGCGUCGCGGUCGUCAAAUUCCGACACCUGCGAUCAAAAGUCACCAACUUCUUCGUCAUAUCCCUCGCGGUGUCCGACCUCUUCGUCGCCGUGCUGGUGAUGCCGUGGAAAGCCGUGUCCGAGGUGGCCGGCUGCUGGCUGUUCGGCGACUUUUGUGAAACUUGGAUCGCCUUCGACAUCAUGUGUUCCACGGCCUCGAUCCUCAACCUCUGCAUCAUCAGUUUGGACAGGUACUGGGCCAUCUCCAGCCCCUUUCGAUACGAGCGCAAAAUGACUCAACGCGUCGCGUUCACCAUGAUCAGCGUGGCGUGGACACUGUCCAUCCUCAUCUCGUUCAUCCCCGUGCAGCUCAGCUGGCACAAAGUCAACGACGACGAGUACACGCGGCACGAGGAGACCAACGAGUGUAAUGCCACGUUGAACAGGACCUACGCUGUAGCUUCGUCGCUCAUAAGUUUUUACAUCCCCGUUGUGAUCAUGAUUGGGACAUACACUCGAAUAUUUCGGAUUGCGCAAACGCAAAUCAGGAGGAUAUCGUCCUUGGAGAGAGCGGCCGAACACGCACAACACCAUCCUCAUGUCCCCGAUUGCGCAAACGACAACAACUCCCUCAAAACUACUUUCAAGAAGGAGACCAAGGUUUUAAAAACACUCUCUAUUAUCAUGGGCGUGUUUGUGUUUUGCUGGUUGCCUUUCUUCGUCCUCAACUGCAUAGUUCCAUUCUGUGACACAAGCGGUCGUUUGGAGUCCCCGCCGUGCGUAAGUGACACCACAUUCAACAUUUUUGUCUGGUUCGGCUGGGCCAAUUCCUCUCUGAAUCCCGUCAUAUACGCGUUCAAUGCGGACUUCAGAAGGGCGUUUUCGACAAUAUUGGGAUGCAACAGGUUUUGUCCCACGUCGGCUGUCGAGGCUGUGAAUUUUAGCAACGAGUUGGUUUCCUACCACCAUGACACUACCCUCCAGAAGGACGCGCCGAUUGUGUCGAACUCUCAGCGCUUAGCUCUGGUUCCGAUCCACGGAGAGGACAUGGAACAAUCAUUUGAUAAAGUCUCUGUUCUGUCCAACAAUUCUCGCAAUAACAGAAAUCUUUUGUUACCGGCGAUCCUGCAAAUCGAGUGUGAAGCUGAAAUCUCAUUGGAUAUGAUGCCAUUCAGCUCGACUGGACAAAAUGAAUGUUAUGUUAUGCCCGGGCAGGUCGAGUACUAAAGACAAGCAGUCUCAUUUGACUUUUAAAAUGUAGGCUAAUCUUUGUAAGGCCUCCGCACGCAAUUGGAUGACUAAUCGGCCAGCAGUUACGCCCUGAAACGAAUCUGAGAUGCUGGAGCAAAAUGGCAAGAACAAUUUUCAUCAUUAGACUGCUAUUGUCAGGCUAAAGAAU